GUCAAAAAUAUAUAGAAGAAGAGUCUAUCCAAUUUCACUUAAUUUCUUCAGCUUGUCUUCUCUUUUGCUCAUCAAUUUUUGAAUUCUGGUGGUUAACCAUUUUAUUCUGCAACAUUCAGUCUUAUAUUUUCAAGCAUCUGACUGUUAGUAUACCACCAUUCACCACCACCACCAUUCACCACCACCACCACCACCACCAUUGUCUUACUUGUUUAGUUAGCUCUUAAAUUGAAAUAAGGUGGGUUUCAUGGCUGCAAUUGAUCCUGAGCAGCCCUCUUUUUCUUCUCUCGGAAAGGUCGGAAAGUCUUCAGGUGAAAUUGAUGGUGUAGAAGAGCCUCUUUUAAAUGGGGGUUAUUCGGAGAACUACUCUAUCCUAGCUGCAGUUCUCCCAUUUCUAUUUCCAGCCCUUGGAGGACUAUUAUAUGGUUAUGAUAUUGGAACCACAUCUUGUGCUACAAUAAUUAUAGAGUCGCCCAUAUAUAGUGGAAUUAGUUGGUUCGACUUGAAUGCUGUGCAGCUUGGGCUCAUUACCAGCGGCUCAUUAUAUGGGGCAUUGAUUGGCUCCAUCUUGGCAUUUAAUUUUGCGGAUUUUCUAGGAAGGAGAAGGGAGUUGAUUGGGGCUGCUGUGUUGUAUCUUCUUGGAGCUCUGGUGACAGGACUAGCACCUGAUUUUGCUGUUUUGGUGAUUGGACGCUUUGUUUAUGGUAUUGGAAUCGGACUGGCAAUGCAUGCUGCUCCAAUGUACAUUGCUGAGACAGCCCCAUCUCAGAUUCGCGGUCUACUAAUCUCUCUCAAAGAGUUCUUUAUAGUUCUUGGGAUGGUUGCAGGCUAUGGAGUUGGUAGCCUUUUGGUUGAAAUUAUCGGUGGUUGGCGCUACAUGUAUGUAGCCAGUACCCCUUUGGCACUAAUCAUGGGAGUUGGGAUGUGGUGGCUACCAGAAUCACCUAGAUGGCUAUUAUUAUGUGCCAUGCAGGGGAAAGGCAAUCUGCAGGAUUUAAAAGAAACUGCAAUAGUCUGCUUGAGCCGACUCAGGGGCGAGGCUAUUGGUAACACUGCAACCACCCAGGUUGAAGAAAUUCUUAGCGAACUUACUUUUGUUGGUGAAGAAAAAGAAGCUUCACUGGGGGAAAUAUUUCAAGGAAAAUGCUUGAAAGCUCUCAUCAUUGGCUCAGGGUUAGUUCUUUUUCAACAGAUUACAGGGCAACCAAGUGUACUGUAUUAUGCGGGAUCAAUUUUACAGGAUGCAGGAUUUUCUGCUGCAUCUGAUGCAACACGGGUCUCAAUUCUACUUGGUUUAUUGAAGUUGAUUAUGACUGGGGCAGCUGUAGUUGCUGUUGAUAGACUUGGAAGGAGACCUCUAUUGCUCGCUGGUGUUUCUGGAAUGGCGAUCGCUUUGUUCCUUCUGGGGUCAUAUUAUCUUUUCCUGGGUAAUCUUCCAGCUGUGGCUGUAGUUGCACUAUUGUUGUACGUUGGGUGUUAUCAGUUUUCAUUUGGUCCUAUCGGUUGGCUGAUGAUUUCUGAGAUUUUCCCCCUACGCCUAAGAGGGAGAGGACUUGGCUUAGCAGUACUCGUAAAUUUUGGAGCAAAUGCACUUGUUACAUUUGCAUUUUCACCUUUGGAGGAAAUUUUGGGAGCUGGAAUUCUAUUCUAUGGUUUUGGUGUAAUAGCUGUGCUGUCUCUCCUCUUCAUAUUCUUCAUUAUACCAGAGACUAAAGGACUCACUCUUGAAGAAAUUGAAGCUAAAUGCUUAUAGUAAAAAAUUGUAUUAUCUGAGAAAUUUAAAAAAUAAAUUUCACUGCUGCAUCUGUAUAGCAACAUUCUGAUGCAGAAGAGUUGCUACAUGCGGUGUUACAAAUAAGCAUAUGAUAUAUAUUACUAUAUCUUUGUAAUGUUCAUAAAUUUAUACAUAAAGUUCAUGUUGUUAUAAAUGGUUAUUUCUACUAUAUAUACAUGAUUGAGAUUACUACA